AUGAGAGAGGAGUUGGCAACCAUUCAAGCACAAAUGAGAAACACCACCUCAAAUGUUAAUAUGUGUGAAGCUGCAAAAGCUAUUAGACAAAAGCUUGAGAAAUGGAGUAUGAUAAAGGAAAGUAUCUUCAAGAAGAGGUCAAGGGUACAGUGGCUUAAACUGGGGGAUUCUAACACAACUUUAUUCUUUGCCAGCAUGAAAGGAAGAACCUCACAAAAUCAGAUCAGGCUCCUCACAGCUGAAGAUGCAAAUAUAAUAAGAACUACAGUAGGCAUCGAGCAAGAAAUAGUGGGCUUUUACAAGAGAUUUCUAAGGAUUUCAUCUAGUAGCCUGCCUGCGAUUGAUCCCACUGUGAUGAGGAAAGGACCGGUCUUAACAAGAAAUCAACAGCUACAACUAAUCUCACCUUUCACUAGUGAUGAUAUGUUCAAAUCACUGCAGGGGAUUGAUGACUCAAAGGCUCUAGGGGGAGAUAUUUUUAAUGCAUACUUUUACAAGAAAGCAUGGACUAUAAUUGGGGAGGAUGUAACAGCAGCAGUCCUAAACUUCUUCAAUGGGAACAAAAUGUACAAACCAGUUAACAGCACCUCAGUCACCCUGAUUCCUAAAGUGAAGAACCCAGCUUCAAUCAAACAGUAUUGA